AUGAAUAUUACAUCAGGUUUAGAAUGCCAGGGACAGUCAGAGCUGCAAUACGUAACACAAUGGAACUUAGAAUGCCAAACAACUAGUGUAGAAUGAAAACUUAAAAAGAACCAUUCAAAAUUCACAUGCUGACAUUAAAUCAAACGGGGUUACUAUUAUGUAAAUGCCAUUUUAUCAGGUACUACUUUCUGUGCCAUAGGAUAAAGAGCUACCGAAUACCAUUGUAAAUCCAUCAUUUGCAUUUGUGAAUAACUGAGUGGGCACCAUAGUCAUAUUAGACAGACAGUUGGUUUCUCGAGUACAAUGCACAUUUGGAUGCCCAUGAAGGAGCAUAUAGUUAAUGUACUUGGCAAAUGCUACUCAGUUUGCAUGUUGUUGUUGUUUCUUUCUGUUCAGAAGGACAGCUUGGCACAUUUACUGUACAAAGUACAACAAAACGAGGGCAAGAAAAAUCCUGAUUUAGCAAUACUCCCAGCCCCUCAACUUCUCCACAACCAAACACAGUUCUCAUAGAUGUUAGUAGGAAACAAAAUGUAUUUUAUCGAACAAGCAUGAUGCAAAGGUACUGUGUUCUUUUAUAGAACAAGCAUGAUCCAAAGGUACCUCCCCCUCUCUCUCAAAUUCAAUUUCAAUUAAAGGGGCUUUAUUGGUAUGGGGAACAUAUGUCCCCUGUAGCUCAGUUGGUAGAGCAUGGCGCUUGCAACGCCAGGGUUGUGGGUUCGUUUCCCACGGGGGGCCAGUAUGAAAAUGUAUGCACUCACUAACUGUAAGUUGCUCGGGAUAAGAGUGUCUGCUAAAUGACUAAAAUGUAAAUAUGUUUACAGAUGAUAAACAAAAGUGAAUUAAACAAUAAAAAAAUUAACAUUACACUAACAAAAGUUCAAAAAGAAUAAAGACAUUUCAAGUGUCAUGUUAUGUCUAUAUACAGUGUUGUAAUGAUGUGCAAAUAGUUAAAGUACAAAAAGGAAAAUAAAUAAACAUAUAUACAGGUUAUAUUUACAAUGGUGUUUGUUCUUCACUGGUUGCCCUUUUCUUGUUGCAACAGGUCACAAAUCUUGCAGCUGUGGUGGCACACUGUGGUAUUUCACCCAAUAGAUAUGGGAGUUUAUCAAAAUUGGAUUUGUUUUUGAAUUCUUUGUGGGUCUUUGUAAUCUGAGGGAAGUAUGUGUCUCUAAUAUGGUCAUACAUUUGGCAGGAAGUUAGGAAGUGCAGCUUCCACCACAUUUUGUGGGCAGUGUGCACAUAGCCUGUCUUCUCUUGAGAGCCAGGUCUGCCUAUGGCGGCCUUUCUCAAUAGCAAGGCUAUGCACACUGAGUCUGUACAUAGUCAAAGAUUUCCUUAAUUUUGGGUCAGUCACAGUGGUCAGGUAUUCUGCCACUGUGUACUCUCUGUUUAGGGCCAAAUAGCAUUCUAGUUUGAUCUGUUUCUUUGUAAAAUCUUUUUGUUUUCUCAUGAUUUGGUUGGUCCUAAUUGUGUUGCUGCCCUGGGGCUCUGUGGGGUCUGUUUGUGUUUGUGAACAGAGCUCCCCCUCUCCUACUGAUGUUGAAUGCACAUUCCUCCUGCUGUAUAAUAACCGCUGCAAUCCAAGUGGUAAUACCUAAAGACCAAGGAAGAUGUCCCACUUGCAAAAAUACAUUAGGGUCUCUCCCUCUCCCUCUCUCUCUCCCUCUCUCUCUCUCUCUCUCUCUCUCUCUCCCUCUCUCUCUCCCUCUCUCUCUCUCUCUCUCUCUCUCUCUCUCUCUCUCUCUCUCUCUCUCUCUCUCUCGCUCCAUCUGCGGCUACAGGCCAGAUCGCCCACUGUAAAGGGGGUUGAGAUCGCCUUACUUACUGUAAAGGGUGUUGAGAUCACCUUACCCACUGUAAAGGGGGUUGAGAUCACCUUACCCACUGCAAAGGGGUUGAGAUCACAUUAUCCAGUGUAUAGGGGGUUGAGAUCGCCUUAGCCUCUGUAAAGGGUGUUGAGAUCGCCUUACUUACUGUAAAGGGUGUUGAGGUCAUCUUACACACUGUAAAGGGUGUUGAGAUUACCUUACUUACUGUAAAAGGUGUUGAGAUUACCUUACCCACUGUAAAGGGGUUGAGAUCGCCUUAGCCGCUGUAAAGGGGGUUGAGAUUGCCUUAUCCACUGAAAAAGGGUGUAGUGAUCACCUUCCUUACCUUAAAGGGUGUUGAGAUCACCUUCCUUACCUUAAAGGGUGUUGAGAUCACCUUCCUUACCUUAAAGGGUGUUGAGAUCACCUUCCUUACCGUAAAGGGGGUUGAGAUCGCCUUAGCCGCUGUAAAGGGGGUUGAGAUUGCCUUAUCCACUGAAAAAGGGUGUAGUGAUCACCUUCCUUACCUUAAAGGGUGUUGAGAUCACCUUCCUUACCUUAAAGGGUGUUGAGAUCACCUUCCUUACCUUAAAGGGUGUUGAGAUCACCUUCCUUACCGUAAAGGGGGUUGAGAUCACCUUCCUUACCGUAAAGGGGGUUGAGGUCACCUUCCUUACCGUAAAGGGUGUUGAGAUCACCUUCCUUACCGUAAAGGGUGUUGAGAUCACCGUAAAGGGUGUUGAGAUCACCUUACCAACGGUAAAGGGUGUUGAGAUCACCGUACCAACGGUAAAGGGUGUUGAGAUCACCGUAAAGGGUGUUGAGAUCACCUUCCUUACCGUAAAGGGGGUUGAGAUCACCUUCCUUACCGUAAAGGGGGUUGAGAUCACCUUCCUUACCGUAAAGGGUGUUGAGAUCACCUUCCUUACCGUAAAGGGUGUUGAGAUCACCGUAAAGGGUGUUGAGAUCACCUUACCAACGGUAAAGGGUGUUGAGAUCACCGUACCAAUGGUAAAGGGUGUUGAGAUCACCGUAAAGGGUGUUGAGAUCACCGUACCAACGGUAAAGGGUGUUGAGAUCACCGUAAAGGGUCUUGAGAUCACCGUAAAGGGUGUUGAGAUCACCUUACCAACGGUAAAGGGUGUUGAGAUCACCUUACCAACGGUAAAGGGUGUUGAGAUCACCUUACCCGCAGUAAAGGGUGUUGAGAUUAUCUUAUCCAAUGUAAAGUGGGUUAAGAUCACCUUACUCACGGUAAAGGGGGUUGAGAUCACCUUACUCACUGUAAAGGGGGUUGAGAUCACCUUACCCACUGUAAAGACUGGGUGUAACUUAACUUAACAGGAUAUUUAAAGAGUGCGUGGUCAGUGGAGGAAUUUACCGAUAAAUCUAUAGAUAUAGCAGCCUAUUGCCUAAUUUCAUCUGUCAAACAGGUAGGCCUACCUCUUAUUUCUUAAAUAGGAAGGAAUAGGGUCCAACACAAAUGCCUUCUUGUUGUUAGUAAAGUCUAAUUAAAAUGAAGACGGUUGAAAUGAAUUAUGUCUAAUGGAAUUUGCCUAGUAUCAGCACCAUGAGCUGUCCAUCGCCAAUUGAUUGUGCCUCUGUCACGAUCGUUGAUUGACGGGUCAGACCAAGGUGCAGCGUGAUAUGCAUACAUGUUUAUUAGACUUACAAACACAACGACAAAACAACAACCGAAACGUGAAAUCCAAGGUACACAAACAACAUACCUAACACGGAACAAGAUCCCACAACCCACUAGUGCCAAUAGGCUGCCUAAGUAUGGUCCCCAAUCAGAGACAAGGAGCGACAGCUGCCUCUGAUUGGGAACCACACCGGCCAACAUAGAAAUACAAAUACUAGAAUAUAAACAUAGACAAUCACCACAUAGAAAAUACACACCCUGACUCAACAAAUAAGAGUCCCCAGAGUCAGGGCGUGACAGUACCCCCCCCAAAGGUGCAGACUCCGACCGCACAACAUACACAUAACAGGGUAGGGGCCGGGUGGGCAUUCCGCCUCGGAGGCGGAUCCGGGUCAGGGCGUGACGACCACCUAUUCUCCGCCUCCCUGUUGCGCCCCUGGUCUGGUCUGGACUUCGGCGCGCUGCUUCCCCUCUCCUUCCUCCCACUAUACUCCAAGCCCUGUCUGGACCCUGGUGUGGGAGACGGCGAACCUGGAGAGGGGCUGACGUCUGGCUCCGGAGUGGAGCCGCUGACCGGAGCUGGAUCAGGCACCGGUGGAGAGGACAGCUCUGGCUCCGGAGUGGAGCCGCUGACCGGAGCUGGACUGGACCCCGGUGAAGCGGAUUGCUCUGGCUCCGGAGUGGAGCAGCUGACCGGAGCUGAACAGGGCACCGGUGGAGCGGACUGCUCUGGCUCCGGAGUAGAACAGGCCGGGCCGGGCUGACGACGCGCACCACUGGCUUGGUGCGAGGGACAGGAACAGGCCGGACCGGGCUGGCGACGCACACCACUGGCUUGGUGCGAGGGGCAGGAACAGGCCGGGCCGGGCUGGCGACGUGCACCACUAGCUUGGUGCGAGGGGCAGGAACAGACCGGGCUGGCGACGCGCACCACUGGCUUGGUGCGAGGGGCAGGAACAGGCCGGGCCGGGCUGGCGACGCGCACCACUAGCUUGGUGUGAGGGGCAGGAACAGGCCGGGCCGGGCUGGCGACGCGCACCACUGGCUUGGUGCGAGGAGCAGGAACGGGCUGGACCGGACUGCGAAGGCGGACUGGAGUUCUGGAGUGGAGAGCUGGCACAACCCGUCCUGGCUGGCUACCCACUUUCGCACAGGAGGGUCAUGAGGAGAGAAUUAGUCUCUUCCUGAUCGAUUCUCCUGCGUUUCCAGUGGUGUUGGGGCUUCCCUGGUUAGCCUCUCAUGACCCAGAGGGCUCUCAAGGGUUGCUCGGGGAGGUGUGUAGGUGUUUCCGUAGGUGCAACUAUGGUGGAGAGUCCAAACCAGGUCUCCACUAUGCACAUUCCUCCCGAAUAUGCCGAUUUGGCUCUCGCCUUCUGUAAAAGGAAGGCGACUCAAUUACCACCCCAUCGACAGGGGGAUAGUAUGAUAAAUCUCUGGGAGGGCGCUGCACUUCCUCGGAAUCACGUGUAUCCUCUGUCACAAGAAGAGACGGCGGCUAUGGAAACAUAUGUCUCCGAAUCUCUGGGACAGGGAUACAUUCGGCCUUCCACUUCCCCUGCCUCCUCAAGUUUCUUUUUUGUGAAGAAGAAGGAUGGAGGUUUACGCCCGUGCAUUGACUAUUGAGGUCUCAAUCAGAUACCGGUGAAAUACAGUUAUCCACUACCUCUCAUUGCUAGUAUGACGGAGUCAUUGCACGGGGCACACUUCUUCACCAAAUUGGAUCUCAGGAGCGCGUACAUCCUGGUGUGUAUCCGGGAAGGGGAUGAGUGGAAGACGGCAUUUAGUACCACCUCUGGGCACUAUGAGUACCUCGUCAUGCCGUACGGGUUGAUGAAUGCUCCCUCAGUCUUCCAAUCCUUUGUCGAUGAGAUUUUCAGGGACCUGCACGGACAGGGUGUAGUGGUGUAUAUAGAUUAUAUUCUCAUAUACUCCGCUACAUGAGCCGAGCAUGUGUCCCUGGUGCGCAAGGUGCUUGGUCGACUGAUGGAAUAUGACCUGUACGUCAAGGCUGAGAAAUGCCUGUUCUUUCAACAGUCCGUCUCCUUCUUAGGAUACCGCCUGUCCGCGCCAGGGGUGGAGAUGGAAAAUGACCGCAUUUCAGCCGUGCGUAAUUGGCCGACUGCAACCACGGUUAAGGAAGGGCAGCGAUUCUUAGGGUUUGCCAACUACUACCGGAGGUUUAUCUGGAGCUUUGGUCAGGUAGCGGCUCCCAUUACCUCCUUGCUGAAGGGGGGACCGGUGCGCCUGCAGUGGUCAGCUGAGGCGGACAGGGCUUUUGGUCACCUGAAGGCUCUGUUCACCUCGGCUCCCGUUCUGGCUCAUCCUGAUCCCUCCUUGGCAUUCAUAGUCGAGGUGGACGCGUCCGAGGCUGGGAUAGGAGCUGUACUGUCUCAGCGCUCGGGUACGCCACCAAAGCUACCCGUUCCACAACGGCCGUGGUCACACUUAUUGGUGGAUUUCUUUACGGACCUCCCCCCGUCACAAGGGAAUACUACGAUCUUAGUCGUUGUGGAUCGGUUUUAUAAGUCCUGCCGUCUCAUUCCUUUGCCCGGUCUCCCUACGGCCCUACAGACUGCGGAGGCCCUGUUUACUCACGUCUUCCGGCACUACGGGGUACCUGAGGAUAUAGCGUCUGAUCGGGGUCCCCAGUUCACAUCAAGCGUCUGGAGGGCGUUCAUGGACCAUCUGGGGGUCUCGAUCAGCCUGACCUCUGGGUUUCACCCCGAAAGUAAUGGGCAGAUGGAGAGAGUAAACCAGGAUGUGGGUAGGUUUCUGAGGUCCUAUUGCCAGGACCGGCGGGGGAUUGGUUGGUUUACAUCCCCUGGGCAGAGAUGGCCCAAAACUCCCUCCGCCACUCCUCCACUAACCUUACUCCAUUUCAGUGUGUACUAGGUUAUCAACCGGUCCUGGCACCAUGGCAUCAGAGCCAGAUCGAGGCACCUGCAGUGAAUGAAUGGUUUCGGCGCUCGGAGGAAACCUGGAACGCUGCCCAUGUACGCCUGCAAUGGGCUAUCAGGCAACAGAAGGCGAGCGCCGACCGCCACCGCAGUGAGGCCCCGGUGUAUGCACCGGGGGACUGGGUCUGGCUCUCGACCCGAAACCUGCCCCUUCGCCUGCCCUGCCGGAAGCUGGGUCGGCAGUUUGUGGGGCCAUUUAAAGUCCUGAGGAGAUUGAACGAGGUUUGUUAUAGGUUACAGCUCCCUCCUGAUUACCAUAUUAACCCCUUGUUCCAUGUGUCUCUCCUCAGGCCGGUGGUAGCUGGUCCGCUCCAGGAGUCUGAGGUGCGCGAGGUCCCUCCGCCCCCAUUGGACAUCGAGGGGGCACCAGCGUAUUCGGUCCGUUCCAUCCUGGAUUCGAGGCGUCGGGUGGGGGGCCUGCAGUAUCUCGUGGAAUGGGAGGGGUACGGUCCGGAGGAACGGUGCUGGGUUCCUUGGAGGGACAUCCUUGAUCCCUCCCUGUUGAAACCACUUUACAAAAGAAAAUGUAUCAUUAUUCCCAUACCAUUAUUACAGAGUAUCAGACAAAUUAUGCUACCCUCUGCCCAUUGGCUACUUAGCUUAUUCAAGCCUAUCUCAAAAUACAACAUUGCUCCUUUAAGACAAAAGAAAGCUUUUUACCUGACUCGCUUUUCAAAAAUGGGGGGGGGGGGGGAUGGGGGGGGACUGAAAAAAAUGGGGAAAUCCAAAAGCUGGAAAAAAGAAACAAGAAAACGGAAUUUGGGGAAACAAUUUAUUUUAUCAAAAAAUAAAAACGGAUUUUAAAAGUCCCCACCAACGUUUUUUACUGUGCAUGACUGCACUUUAGAGUGGGUGUCAUCUUGCGGCACAGAUUCUUUGGGUUCAGGUUCAAUAUUGGCUAUGUACCCAAGAGAGAAAGAGGUUGGGCCAUCCUAGAAAUGUUUUAGAGUAAUAUAAUACAUAAUAAUAUAUGCCAUUUAGCAGACACUUUUAUCCAAAGCGACUUACAGUCAUGAGUGCAUCCAUUUUUACGCAUGGGUGGUCCCGGGAAUCGAACCCAUUAUCCUGGUGUUGCAAUGCUCUACCAAGAUGCAUGACAAGGUUAUAAAUGCUUUGUGAAGCCUCAAUUUAAUAUGAUUUAUAAAGCCUUUAUUGAGCGGUGCUUAUGCCACCCUAUAUAAAACACAGGUUUAUGUCCUAUUUGACAUAAUGGGCUAUGUCACAUUUGACAUUGGUGGUUAUGUCACACAGUUAUACCACAUUUAUGAACCCUUUAUAAAGCAUGACACACGGUUAUAGAUGAUUUGUGACACAAUUAUGUAGUGUUUAUGAAGGCUUUAUGAAGGCUUUUUGAAGCCUUCAUAAAGCUGCAUGUCAUUUAAAGUGGGACCUCUGCGGUCAACAUCGUAUGUGCCUCACAAAUUACACCCUAUUCCCUAUAUAGUGCACUACUUUUAACCAGAGCCCUAUGGGAAUCUGGUCAAAUAUAGUGCACUAUAUAGGGAAUAGGGUGUCAUUUGGAACGAACACCCUGCUUUUGGGAUAUUUAACCUUGCAGUGCCGCUGAGACAGCACAGAGGACCAGGGGGAGACAGGACAGGACAUGUCCUUAAACAAUGGGAAGGCUGCAGGAGAUGGAGGAGACAGGGGGAGACAGGACAGGACAUGUCCUUAACCAAUGGGAAAAGAUGUUGGCUGGGGGUCGUUUGUCCUUAACUAAUAGGUAGAUUGGGGCUGGGGGCAGAGUAGAGCAGGACUGGAUGUUUCCUUAAACAAAAGCCCCCAUCGGCUGGCUGUCUGUCUGUCUGCUACUGGCCCAUCUGCCUUGUUGUUACUGGCCUGUCUGCUACUGGCCCAUCUGCCUUGUUGUUACUGGCCUGUCUGCUACUGGCCCAUCUGCCUGUCUGUUACUGGCCUGUCUGCUACUGGCCUGUCCGCUACUGGCCCAUCUGCCUGUCUGCUACUGGCCCAUCUGCCUGUCUGCUACUGGCCCAUCUGCCUGUCUGCUAUUGGCAUUAAAUUUUUUAAAAUUUUAGUCAUUUAGCAGACACUCUUAUCCAGAGCGACUUACAGUUAGUGAGUGCAUACAUUUUCAUACUGGUUGGGAAUCGAACCCACAACCCUGGCGUUGCAAGCGCCAAGCUCUACCAAAUGAGCUACACGGGACACCUGUCUGCCUGUCUGCCUGUCUGCUACUGGCCUGUCUGCCAUCCCAAGAGCUAAAACACUUCAGAUCACACAGGAUUAAGAUGGAUUUUCCAACGGGCCCUAAAAUCUCUGGCUUUCGUCGGGCGAUUUUACUUAUUGGUCUGCGUAAUCAGCAGUUAUGUUAUAUUUCAUGUAAAUCCCUAUGACUCUGAGCGGGUCCUCGUUUUGACACUCCAGACUGCAGUAAAAGGCCGUAAAUGCAGUGAUUUUGUUUGGUUUUAUACCUUUAUACCUGGCCUCCUGAUCAAGAUGAUAUUUAAAUGUCAGAAUAAACUGUGAAGUUCACCUAUAUAUAUAUUCAUCCUCUAUCCUACCUACUGCUGAUCAAAUCAAAUCAAAUAUUAUUGGUCGCGUACACAUAUUUUGCAGGUGCAGCGAAAUGCUUAUGUUUCUAGCUCCAACAGUGCAGUGAUACUGAACAAUACAAAACAAUACACACAAAUCCCCAAAAUAAAAAAAAUAAAGAUCUGUUAAUGAUCUGUAUUUGGGUUUCAUAAUAGCGUGAAUUCACUGACUGGUUUUGUUGAUGUCAUCAAGGAACACACACACUGAACAUUCAGUCCAUUAAGGCCAUCAGGAAGUCUCUAUGAAACUAGCACCAUGGCCUUAUUUAACCUAAACACGUCUGCAAGGUAGUGUUGCCUUUAAUUAAUAAGAGAAGGCCAGAUUUAAUCAAUUAUGAAUCUUAGUUAAAGUUCAACAACAGUUAACCUCUACGGGAUCGGUGUCCCGUAUACGGGACGGUUGAGCUAGCGUGCGCUAAUGUGAUUAGCAUGACUGUUGUAAGUAACAGCAAACUUUCCAGGAUAUAGACAAGUCUUAUACGGGCAGAAAGCAAUGCAGUGCAAGAAAGAGUUAAGAAAAGAUUUACCAAAUAAACCCCCCCAAAAAAUAUAUAAAAAGGCUAUAUAAGGCGGGUACCUGUACCGAGUCAAUGUGCGGGGGUACAGGUUAGUUGAGGUAAUUUCUACAUGUACAGUUGAAGUCGGAAGUUUACGUACACCUUAGCCAAAUACAUAAUCAACUCAGUUUUUCACAAUUCCUGACAUUUAAUCCUAGUCAAAAUUCCCUGUCUUAGGUUAGUUAGGAUCACCACUUUAUUUUAAGAAUGUGAAAUGUCAGAAUAAUAGUAGAGAGAAUGAUUUCUUUCAGCUUUUAUUUCUUUCAUCACAUUCCCAGUGGGUCAGAAGAUUACAUACAAUCAAUUAGUAUUUGGUAGCAUUGCCUUUAAAUUGUUUAACUUGGUCCAAACGUUUCGGGUCGCCUUCCACAAGCUUCCCACAAUAAAGUUGGGUGAAUUUUGGCCCAUUCCUCCUGACAUAGCUGGUGUAACUGAGUCAGGUUUGUAGGCCUCCUUGCUCGCACACGCUUUUUCAGUUCUGCCCACAAAUGUUCUAUAGGAUUGAGGUCAGGGCUUUGUGAUGGACACUCCAAUACCUUGACUUUGUUGUCCUUAAGCCAUUUUGUCACAACUUUGGAAGUAUGCUUGGGGUCAUUGUCCAUUUGGAAGACCCAUUUGUGACCAAGCUUUAACUUCCUGACUGAUGUCUUGAGAUGUUGCUUCAAUAUAUCCACAUAAUUUUCCUUCCUCAUGAUGCCAUCUAUUUUGUGAAGUGCACCAGUCCCUCCUGCAGCAAAGCACCCCCAUAGAAUGACGCUGUCACCCCCGUGCUUCACGGUUGGGAUGGUGUUCUUCGGCUUGCAAGCCACCCCCUUUUUCCUCCAAACAUAACGAUGGUCAAUAUGGCCAAACAGUUCUAUUUUUGUUUCAUCAGACCAGAGGACAUUUCUCCAAAAAGUACGAUCUUUGUCCCCAUGUGCAGUUGCAAACUGUAGUCUGGCUUUUUUAUGGCAGUUUUUGGGCAGUGGCUUCUUCCUUGCUGAGCGGCCUUUCAGGUUAUGUCGAUAUAGGACUUGUUUUACUGUGGAUAUAGAUACUUUUGUACCUGUUUCAUCCAGCAUCUUCACAAGGUCCUUUGCUGUUGUUCUGGGAUUGAUUUGCACUUUUCGCACCAAAGUACGUUCAUCUCUAUGAGACAGAACACAUCUCCUUCCUGAGCGGUAUUGUCACGAUCGUCAAAAGGAGCGGACCAAGGCGCAGCGUGAUAUGAGUACAUACUUUAUUAUAAUUCACCACACGAACAAAAACAACAAAACGAUACGUGAAGUCCUCGGUAACAUACACAAACCUACACGGAACAAGAUCCCACAAAAGACAAGUGCACAAUAGGCUGCCUAAGUAUGGUUCCCAAUCAGAGACAACAAGCAACAGCUGAUUCACGUUGCCUCUGAUUGAGAACCACCCCGGCCAACAAAGAAACACAUAAACUAGAUUGUGAACAUAGAACACAAAACAUAGACACUACACACCCUGGCUCAACAUAAAAGAGUCCCUAGAGCCAGGGCGUGACAGUACCCCCCCCCCCAAAGGCGCGGACUGCGACCGCGCCAACAUAAACCCAACAGGGGAGGGGCCGGGUGGGCAUUCCUCCUCGGAGGCGGAUCCGGGCGUGACCACCACCCUCUAACAACCCCCCCGUAGUGCCCCUGGUCUGGUCUGGCCCCGCUGGCUGGAGCUGGACUGGACAUCGGUGGAGCAGAUUGCUUAGGCUCCGGUGUGGAGCAGCUGACCGGUACCUGACCAGGCACCGGUGAAACGGGCACGGGCUGUGCCGGACUGACGACGCGCACCACAGGCUUGGUGCGGGGAGCAGGAAUGGGCCGGACCGGGCUGACGAAGCGCACCCCUGGCUUGGUGCGGGGAGCAGGAACGGGCCGGACCGGGCUGACGAUGUGCACCACAGGCUUGGUGCGGGGAGCAGGAAUGGGCCAGACCGGGCUGACGACGCGCACCCCUGGCUUGGUGUGGGGAGCAGGAACGGGCCGGACCGGGCUGACGAUGCGCACCACAGGCUUGGUGCGGGGAGCAGGAAUGGACCGGACCGGGCUGACGAAGCGCACCACUGGCUUGGUGCGGGGAGCAGGAACGGGCCGGCCGGGCUGGCGACGCGCACCACAGGCUUGGUGCGGGGAGCAGGGACAGGCCAGACCGGGCUGACGACGCGCACCCCUGGCUUGGUGCGGGGAGCAGGAACGGGCCGGACCGGGCUGACGAUGCGCACCACAGGCUUGGUGCGGGGAGCAGGAAUGGACCGGACCGGGCUGACGAAGCGCACCACUGGCUUGGUGCGGGGAGCAGGAACGGGCCGGGCCGGGCUGGCGACGCGCACCACUGGCUUGGUGCAGGGAGCAGGUACGGGCCGGACCGGGCUGACGACGCGCACCCCUGGCUUGGUGCGGGGAGCAGGAACGGGCCGGACCGGGCUGACGAUGCGCACCACAGGCUUGGUGCGGGGAGCAGGAAUGGGCCAGACCGGGCUGACGACGCGCACCCCUGGCUUGGUGUGGGGAGCAGGAACGGGCUGGACCGGGCUGACGAUGCGCACCACAGGCUUGGUGCGGGGAGCAGGAAUGGACCGGACCGGGCUUACGAAGCGCACCACUGGCUUGGUGCGGGGAGCAGGAACGGGCCGUGCCGGGCUGGCGACGCGCACCACAGGCUUGGUGCGGGGAGCAGGAACAGGCCAGACCGGGCUGACGACGCGCACCCCUGGCUUGGUGCGGGGAGCAGGAACGGGCCGGACCGGGCUGACGAUGCGCACCACAGGCUUGGUGUGGGGAGCAGGAAUGGACCGGACCGGGCUGACGAAGCGCACCACUGGCUUGGUGCGAGGAGCAGGAACGGGCCAGGCCAGGCUGGCGACGCGCACCACAGGCUUGGUGCGGGGAGCAGGAACAGGCCGGGCCGGGCUGGCGACGCGCACCAUUGGCUUGGUGCGAGGGGCAGGAACAGGCCGGGCCGGGCUGGCGACGCGCACCAUUGGCUUGGUGCGAGGGGCAGGAACAGGCCGGGCCGGGCUGGCGACGCGCACCAUUGGCUUGGUGCGAGGGGCAGGAACAGGCCGGGCCGGCGACGCGCACCAUUGGCUUGGUGCGAGGGGCAGGAACAGGCCGGGCCGGGCUGGCGACACGCACCAUUGGCUUGGUGCGAGGGGCAGGAACAGGCCGGGCCGGGCUGGCGACGCGCACCAUUGGCUUGGUGCGAGGGGCAGGAACAGGCCGGGCCGGGCUGGCGACGCGCACCAUUGGCUUGGUGCGAGGGGCAGGAACAGGCCGGGCCGGGCUGGCGACGCGCACCAUUGGCUUGGUGUGAGGGACAGGAACAGGCCGGGCCGGGCUGACGACGCGCACCAUUGGCUUGGUGCGAGGGAAAGGAACAGGCCGGGCCGGGCUGGCGACGUGCAUCACAGGCUUGGUGUGAGGGACAGGAACAGGCCGGACCGCACUGGGAACACACACCACUGGCCUUAUACGGGGAUCAGGAACGGGCCGGACCGGACUGGUAACACACUUCAGUACCUCUCGCCGUGCCUCUACACUUUCCUUCCCUCUAAUGACCAAUGGCCCCCGUAACCUGGUGGCGUUCUCUCCAUGUCCACAAACUCGCCCUUUAUCUGCCUCCAGCAGCCCCGUCGUCCAUGCCAUGUGCCCCCCCAAAAAAAAUUAUUGGGGGUGCCUCUCGCCUGUCCGACGACGACCCGGUUGGCGCCGCUUCUUCUCUCCUGCCUGGGUCUCCCCUUUCAUCGCCCUCCGGUAACGGACGGCCUCCUCCUCCGUAAUCUGCCCCCAACCGAGGAGGACAUCCACUAACGUUACCUCCUGCGUGUGCUCCUGGACACGCUGCUUGGUCCAGUAUUGGUGGGAUCUUCUGUCACGAUCGUCAAAAGGAGCGGACCAAGGCGCAGCGUGAUAUGAGUACAUACUUUAUUAUAAUUCACCACACGAACAAAAACAACAAAACGAUACGUGAAGUCCUCGGUAACAUACACAAACCUACACGGAACAAGAUCCCACAAAAGACAAGUGCACAAUAGGCUGCCUAAGUAUGGUUCCCAAUCAGAGACAACAAGCAACAGCUGAUUCACGUUGCCUCUGAUUGAGAACCACCCCGGUCAACAUAGAAACACAUAAACUAGAUCGUGAACAUAGAACACAAAACAUAGACAAUACACACCCUGGCUCAACAUAAAAGAGUCCCUAGAGCCAGGGCGACAGGUAUGAUGGCUGCGUGGUCCCAUGGUGUUUAUGCUUGCGUACUAUUGUUUGUACAGAUAAACGUGGUACCUUCAGGCGUUUGGAAAUUGCUCCCAACGAUGAACCAGACUUGUGGAGGUCUAUACAUUUUUUUUUUCUGAGGUCUGGGCUGAUUUCUUUUGAUUUUCCCAUGAUGUCAAGCAAAGAGGCACUGAGUUUGAAGGUAGGCCUUGAAAUACAUCCACAGGUACACCUCCAAUUGACUCAAAUGAUGUAAAUUAGCCUAUCAGAAGCUUCUAAAGCCAUGACAUCAUGGUGUUUAAAGGCACAGUCAACUUAGUGUAUGUAAACUUCUGACCCACUGGAAUUGUGAUACAGUGAAUUAUAAGUGAAAUAAUCUGGCUGUAAACAAUUGUUGGAAAAAUUACUUGUGUCAUGCACAAAGUAGAUGUCCUAACCAACUUGCCAAAACUAUAGUUUGUUAACAAGAAAUUUGUGGAGUGGUUGAAAAUUAGUUUUAAUGACUCCAACAUAAGUGUAUGUAAACUUCCGACUUCAACUGUAGGUAGGGGAAAUAGUGACUAUACAUAGUUAAUAGACAAGGGGUAGCAGCAGUGUAAAAACAAAUGGAGGGGUGUGUGUGUGUGGGGGGGGGGGGGGGGGUCAAUGUAAAUAGUCCGGGUGGCCAUUUGAUAAAUUGUUCAGCAGUCUUAUGGCUUGGGGGUAGAUGCUGGUAAGGAGCCUUUUGGUCCUAGACUUGGUGCUCCGGUACCGCUUGUCGUGCGGUAGCAGAGAGAACAGUCUAUGACUUGGGUGACUGGAGUCUUUAACCAUUUUUUGGGCUUUCCUCUGACACCGCCUAGUAUAGAGGUCCUGGAUGGCAGGAGCUUGGCCCCAGUGAUGUACUGGGCCGUACGCACUACCCUCUGUAGCACCUUAUGGUCAGAUGCAGAGCAGUUGCCAUACCAGGCGGUGAUUCAACCAAUCAGGAUGCUCUCGAUGGUGCAGCUGUAUAACUUUUUGAGGAUCUGGGGACCCAUGCCAUAUCUUUUCAGUCUCCUGAGGGGGAAAAGGUGUUGUCGUGCCCUCUUCUGUCUUGGUGUGUUUGGACCAUGAUAGUUCGUUGGUGAUGUGGACACCAAGGAACUUGAAACUCUCGACCCGCUCCACUACAGCCCCGUCGAUGUUAAUGGGGGCCUGUUCGGCCAUCCUUUUCCUGUAAUCCACGAUCAGCUCCUUUGUCUUGCUCACAUUGAGGGAGAGGUUGUUGUCCUGGCACCACACUGUCAGGUCUCUGACCUCCUCCCUAUAGGCUGUCUCAUCGUUGUCGGUGAUCAGGCCUUCCACUGUUGUGUCAUCAGCAAACUUAAUGAUGGUGUUGGAGUCAUGUUUGGCCACGCAGUCGUGGGUGAACAGGGAGUACAGGAGGGGACUAAGCACGCACCCCUGAGGGGCCCAUGUUGAGGAUCAGUGUGGCACAGUGACACAAAACAGGAGAAUGAGUCCUUUUCUCUAUUCAAACUGGUUGAAUUAGUGAUUGUUAUAUUGCAGGUACCUACAACUCACCACAGGUAAUGGAGAAUCACCUGCUUCAAAUAGGAUUAUUUCUAACGAUUUCUAGAAGGUGCCAAUAAUAUUCUCUGAGCCAUUUUAGGAUUUCUUUGUGGAAUAAGCUAACAUUUAGUAGAUUAUUCAACAACAAAAAAAUUGUGUUCAACUGCAAACCAAAGACAUACAUAUGUGGAUACAAAAAUAUUUUUUAAUUUCAGCAGUUUUCUGGAAGAAAUUGUGCAUUAUUUGAAAAAAGUGCAAGGGUGCCAAUAUUUUUGGCCACGGCUGUAUGCAGGGACGCAACUUUGGUUUCAGAAGUGGGGGGAACAUCAUUUUUAUUUAUUAAACAUUUUUGUUGGAUAAACACUCCAAACACCCGACCGCUCGGUUUUUACACACAUCCAAAAUAAUAACGGGAGAUAAAAUAAUGUAAUAGCCUACAAAGAUAAAAAUGGGAUGUCUGCUGCUGCCAAACGUCAUCUUUUAAUAAAGUUUCUGAGAUUUAUUUCAAAGCGGUCUCAUGAGCCAAACCCUUUAUCAAUAGUAUUGGAGCAGAUCAAAAAGACAGCCUUCAUUGAGGACUGGAGGUUACGCUUUUUAAUCCAAUGAAACAAAAAUGGGAAAAAACAUAAAAUUUUAUGUUUCUAAAUACAAGUUUAAUGGGCACAAAAAGCACAUCUCUCUUGUUCCAUGCGCAUAUGGUCACUGUCCAUCAUGGCUGCAUAAGCUGCGCUUACGUUGUCAAAAUCCAUAACCAACCACGUUACCACUAAGACCAGCUUUGGUUGGUCUUAAAUAUCCCCACCAGUUCAUACUGAAAUUGGCACUUUGGCAAGGACACAACUCAGAUAUUGCCACCACUCCCGCCUCAUUGCAAGCGAGCUCAUAUAAGACAGGUAAAUUACCAAUCAUGGCGCUAGGCUUUGAAAAUAGAAGAGUUCCGGCUAUUAAAGGGAUAUUUCCGGAUUUUUGCAAUGAAGCCCUUUACCUACUUCCCCAGAGUCAGAUGAACUCUUGGAUACCAUUUUUAUGUCUAUAGUGGCUUGCGAAAGUAUUCACCCCCCUUGGCAUUUUUCCUAUUUUGUUGCCUUACAACCUGGAAUUAGAAUUGAUUUUUGGGGGGUUUGUAUCAUUUGAUUUACACAACAUGCCUACCACUUUGAAGAUGCAAUUUAUUUUAUUGUGAAACAAACAAGAAAUAAGACAAAAAAACUCUAACUUGACCGUGCAUAACUAUUCACCCCCCCCCAAAGUCAAUACUUUGUAGAGCCACCUUUUGCAGCAAUUACAGCUGCAAGUCUCUUGGGGUAUGUUUUUAUGAGCUUGGCACAUCUAGCCACUGGGAUUUUUGCCCAUUCUUCAAGGCAAAACUGCUCCAGCUCCUUCAAGUUGGAUGGGUUUUGCUGGUGUACAGCAAUCUUGAAGUCAUACCACACAUUCCCAAUUGGAUUGAGGUCUGGGCUUUGACUAGGCCAUUCCAAGACAUUUAAAUGUUUCCCCUUAAACCACUCGAGUGUUGCUUUAGCAGUAUGCUUAGGGUCAUUGUCCUGCUGGAAGGUCAACCUCCGUCCCAGUCUCAAAUCUCUGGAAGAGAUCCCUGUAUUUAGCACCAUCCGUCAUUCCUUCAAUUCUGACCAGUUUCCCAGUCCCUGCCGAUGAAAAACAUCCCCACAGCAUGAUGCUACCAUCACCAUGCUUCACUGUGGGGAUGGUGUUCUCGGGGUGAUGAGAGGUGUUGGGUUUGCACCAGACAUAGCGUUUUCCUUGAUGGCCAAAAAGCUCAAUUUUAGUCUCAUCUGACCAGAUGUUUGGGGAGUCUCCCACAUGCCUUUUGGUGAACACCAAACGUGUUUGCUUAUUUUUUUCUUUAAGCACUGGCUUUUUUCUGGCCACUCUUCCGUAAAUCCCAGCUCUGUGGAGUGUACGGCUUAAAGUGGUCCUAUGGACAGAUACUCCAAUCUCCGCUGUGGAGCAUUUAAAUUACAGGUUGUAAUGCAACAAAAUAGGAAAAACGCCAAGGGGGAUGAAUACUUUUGCAAGGCACUGUAUAUGUGGAUGAUACUAUUGUGUACGCAAUUGCCCCGACUGCUGACCUGGCUAUGACAAGGCUACAGUCCGAUUUUGCAGUUGAUUUAAAACUCGUACUUAAUACUGGCAAAACUACAUACAUGUUGUUUUCAAGUUCUCGUAAGAUUGUCUCAGAUGGAAUGACAAAAAAAUUUAAAUGUAUCAAAGUGCAGCUGCCUCUAUUCUUAAACCCCUGGAUGCAAUGUUUCAUAGCGUCCUUCGUUUUAUCACAGGAGGACGUUUUAUUACUUAUCACUGUAUUCUUUAACAGAAUGUUGGUUGGACUUCUUUGAAUUCACAUAGGAUCACAUCCUUACACUCUUUUUGUUUAGAAAGCCCUGCUCCACAAGCUUCUGACUUACCUAACAUCACUGUUAAGAUUUAAAAUGACUAGUUAUCAAACCCGUUCACAGGGUCGGUUAACCUCUAUGGUUAACCUCUAUGGUGUCCCGUAUACGGGAUGGUUGAGCUAACGUGCUCUAAUGUGAUUACCAUGACUGUUGUAAGUAACAGCACACUUUCCAGGAUAUAGACAUGUCUUAUAUGGGCAGAAAGCUUAAAUUCCUGUUAAUCUAAAUGCACUGUCCAAUUUACAGUAGCUAUUACAGUGAAAAAAUACCAUGCUAUUGUUUGAGGAGAGUGCACAACAACCAAAAUCUUAUCACGGCAACUGGUUUGAUACAUUGAUACAUUCACCUCUGAAGGUAAAUAAUGUACGUACAUUCAGUAAUCUUGCUCUGAUUUGUCAUCCUAAGGGUCCCAGAGAUAAAAUGUAGCAUAGUUUUGUUUGAUAAAAUCAAUUUAUAUAUUAAAAUGGCUCCACACCCACCCCGCCCGGCCAUCUAGAUGUGUGAAAGUUAGUGUAUAAGCUAAUAAUCCAUCAUGUAUGACAUUCCUGGGAGUGUAUACACUUACAUUUUGUAUUACCAUAACAUUUUAAAUUGUUUGUAUGUUCUCUAUAGUUAUGUACUUUAAAAUGUAUCAAUUGACCAAUUCGGCACAUUUGGGCAGACUUGAUACAAAAUAGUCCAGUAUUGCAAUGCAUCACUGGAUCAAUCUGAAACGUUGCACGCACACUGCUGCCAUCUAGUGGCCAAUAUCUAAAUUGCGCCUAAACUGCAAUAUUAUAUUGUGGCCUUUCUUUUGCAUUUCAAAGAUGAUGGAUAAAAAAAACAACUGAAAACACCAUUUUUUUUUUGUUUGUAUUAUCUUUUACCAGAUCUAAUGUGUUAUAUUCUACUAUAUUAAUUUCACAUUUCCACAAACUUCAAAGUGUUUCCUUUCAAAUGGUAUCAAGAAUAUGCAAAUCCUUGCUUUAGGUCCUGAGCUACAGUCAGUUAGAUUUGGGUAUGUCAUUUUAGGCGAAAAUUGAAAAAAGGGUUCAAUCCUUAAGAGGUUAACUCUAGAGACUCCUUUGGUGUAUAGAGUGUCAGGUAAAUCAGCUUUUGGUUUCCUUGCGCAUUGUGUGUGGAAUGAUCUACAAUGCACUUUAAAAUUGGAGGAAUCGGUGCCUCUAGGGCAUUUCAGAUGGUUGUUAGGGGACCUUUUUACUGUCUGUUUUUUCUGAUUGUGUUUAGCUUUUUGUGUAUUGUUGUCAGUGGUGAUUUAAGCAUGUAAAUCUUGGUGGGGCAAACAAAACAUGUUUUUUGAAUGCAUGCCAGCAAAGCCACUACACAACACAACACUAAACAAUACAUGAAUUGCACUAUAACUGUGACAAACGGUGCCCACAAACUGUUAGGGCCUACAGAAAGCUGUCUCAACAGCAGAGUCCCAACACCUUACCACCGCUACACCUGGCUAUCAGCGGAGCCUUGUCUGGCAGCGAAACAGUUAUAGCGACAGAAUCCAGAACUUGGGCCGUUCUUAAAGUAUUCUCCCUGUACACCAAGUCAGAACCGUAGGAUAAAUAAAAGGGAAGCAUAAUAAGCAGACAAUGAAAGCUCUUAAAAUAUUUUGAUGAUGACAUUUCUAUAAAACAGUCUAUAGGCUACAUGUGCACCACCAACAGCUAACAGCUUACUACUCAACAUACACUUAGUAUUACUUUCUUAGCUACAGUAUACAUAUCUCCCUGGCAUAUUACAUCAUUUGUGCAGAAGCAUACAAGACAUAUUUGGACACCUUGGUGUGCUGUGCUCACAUGAACAGGAAGGUUGGCGCGUUUGUCAUCAAACUUGUCAUCAAAAGUCUGCCAUUCUCUGGAUUGAUGGUGCGUUCAAGACAACUGGGAACUCUGAAAAAAAACAAGGUCGAAUCCUGAUCUUCAGAUUGGAGCUCUAGAAAGAGGCCAGAGUUCCCAACUUGCAAUUCAAAUCAAAUCAAAUCAAAUCACAUUUGUCACAUACACGUGUUUAGCAGAUGUUAUUGCGGGUUGUAGCGAAAUGCUUGUGCUUCUAGCUCCGACAGUGCAGUAAUAUCUAACAAGUAAUAUCUAACAACAUAUACCCAAUACACACAAAUCUAGUAAGGACUGGAAUUUAAGAAUAUAUACAUAUAUGGACAAGCAAUGACAGAGCGGCAUGGACUAAGAUACAGUAGAAUAUUAUAGAAUAGAAUACAGUAUAUACAUAUGAGAUGAGUAGUGCAAGAUAUGUAAACAUUAUUAAAGUGACUAGUGUUCCAUUUGUGGCCAGUGAUUUCAAUAGGCAGCAGCAGCCUCUAAUGUGCUAUUGAUGGCUAUUUAACAGUCUGAUGGCCUUGCGAUAGAAGCUGUUUUUCAUUCUCUUGGUCCCAGCUUUGAUGCACCUGUAAUGACCUCGCCUUCUGGAUGAUAGCGGGGUGAACAGGCAGUGGCUCGGGUGGUUGAUGUCCUUGAUGAUCUUUUUGGCCUUCCUGUGACAUCGGGUGCUGUAGGUGUCUUGGAGGGCGAGUAGUUUGCUCCCAGUAAUGCGUUCGGCAGAACGCACCACCCUCUGGAGAGCCCUGGGGCCCACACUCCCAGGGCCCUCACCUCCUCCGAGUUGGAUGACCGUUCAAAUGUAUUUCCUCAGUCGGAGCUCCUUUUUUUCCUUUUUUUCAGAGUUCCCAGUUGUCUUGAACGCACUGUAGUCAGAUUUCCCAGUUCCGAGUUUCCAGUUGUUUUGAGCGCACACAAGUCAUUCUGGAUUGACAGCAUGGCCAAUGUAUUCAACCUUUUCUGGCCAAUGUUGAAUGUUUAUCCUUUUAAGCUUGGAAAAGAGACCCUUAAACCCAGACUUGGGACCACACAACCCACUCCACUGAAUAGCAGGCUAGUGAUUGCUUUGCAAUGCUUGCAGUUAGCCACUGAUUCCUUCCAAACCACUCAUUGUUGAAUUUGCGAUUUCCAACUGUGUAAUGUUUAUGUCCAAUGGCCAAUGAGCACCGUUAUGUUUUAUCUAUAAUUUUUCUUCAUUAUUUAUCUUCAUAUGACAAGGAUUGAAAAGGAUUUUCCAGCAGAUUAAUGACUUGAUUCAUGAUGAUGACUGCUAGCUUGCUAGCUAAGAUUUUGAAAGUAUGAUGUUGACAUCAAAGCUACUGUAGAUAUAACGUGAUUUGACGUCAUUUUAUCUGUGGCCAAUGACCUUGAGCCUUCUUGAAUGGGCACUUCUAAUGUAACUCUAUGGCAGCAUCCAAGGGGAUAGAAUUUUCGAGCUCUACCCUUAGAUUUUGCGGUGACGUAGUGUCCCCAUGAGUGACAGAACACUGAGCCCAUCACGGCGCAACUAGUGAACAUUACCAACCCCUACGCGCAGUAUUUUCCGCUGGCUGCCCCACCACCACCACCACCACAGAAAGGACUGAGCUAGGCUGAAACACUUGCAUUUUGGAUCUGCCUUCCUCGAGAAAGCAAAAAAGAGACCAAGUUCGUAUGCAGCUUUAUUUAAAUAAAUUAAAUAAACAUCUCUGGUGGGAAAAUGUGCAUAUUGUUUUAUGCAGAUUUUUGAAUAUUCACAUGAAAAUCUGUCGCAAAUUGGAUGGGCUCCUAGCCACUGAGAACAUUAAAGUUUUCUGAAUCUGAAUACCAUGUGGGGGUGAAGGCUGUCAUCACAGUAGACUGAUAGACUGCGCAAGGCAGUGCAGGAAUUUCAGAAACGUCAGCCUGCUAUCCUGAAACAGUGAAACAUAACAAAACGUUUAACAGUGAAGUAAGCUUUAUGUGACAUCUUUUUGAGUGUGAAUCUGCCAUGUGUUUUGAUUACCCAUGCACAUGGAAUCUGCAAAUGUUUCACCAAAUCAACAUAAAAGCUGUAUUAGUAGCGGAGAGCUCAAACAAUAUUACUUCCCAGAAUUCCUUUUGGCAGUGUAAUUUCAAACUGUACUCUGAAAACACGCAACUAUUAGCAAAAUAGAUUUGGACAUUUCUCUUCCUGCACAUUGUUAUUCUGUACUCACAACUUCAAAUCUACAUAAUGCUAUUCAGAGCAUUAAAAAAAAAAUCUACUGUCGCAGUGCUAGCUGUGCCACUAGAGAUCCUGGUUCGAGUCCAGGCUCUGUCGCAGCCGGCCGCGACUGGGAGACCCCAUGGGGCGGCGCACAAUUGGCCCAGCGUCGUCCAGGUUAGGGGAGGGUUUGGCCGGCAGGGAUGUUCUUGUCCCAUCGCGCACUAGCGACUCCUGUGGCGGGCCGGGAACAGUGCACACUGACUCGGUCGCCAGGUGUACGGUGUUUCCUCCGACACAUUGGUGCGGCUGGCUUCCGGGUUAAGCGGGCACUGUGUCAAGAAGCAGUGCGGCACGGUUGGGUUGUGUUUCGGAGGACGCACGACUCUCGACCUUCGCCUCUCCCGUGUCCGUACGGGAGUUGCAGCGAUGGGACAAGACUGUAACUACCAAUUGGAUACUACGAAAUUGGGGAGAAAAAGGGUGUAAAAAAAAUAAUAUAUAUAUAUAUACAGUGGGGAGAACAAGUAUUUGAUACACUGCCGAUUUUGCAGGUUUUCCUACUUACAAAGCAUGUAGAGGUCUGUAAUUUUUAUCAUAGGUACACUUCAACUGUGAGAGUUGGCUGGUUCUUCAGCAUGACAACGACCCGAAACACACAGCCAGGGCAACUAAGGAGUGGCUCCGUAAGAAGCAUCUAAAGGUCCUGGAGUGGCCUAGCCAGUCUCCAGACCUGAACCCAAUAGAAAAUCUUUGGAGGGAGCUGAAAGUCCGUAUUGCCCAGCGACAGCCCCGAAACCUGAAGGAUCUGGAGGUCUGUAUGGAAGAGUGGGACAAAAUCCCUGCUGCAGUGUGUGCAAACCUGGUCAAGACCUACAGGAAACGUAUGAUCUCUGUAAUUGCAAACAAAGGUUUCUGUACCAAAUAUUAAGUUCUGCUUUUCUGAUGUAUCAAAUACUUAUGUCAUGCGAUAAAAUGCAAAUGAAUUACUUAAAAAUCAUACAAUGUGAUUUUCUGGAUUUUUAGAUUCCGUCUCUCACAGUUGAAAUGUACCUAUGAUAAAAAUUACAGACCUCUACAUGCUUUGUAAGUAGGAAAACCUGCAAAAUCGGCAGUGUAUCAAAUACUUGUUCUCCCCACUGUAUCUACUGUCCAUUCACUCUCAAGAGGUCAGUCUCUCGUGAAGGUGGACACACACGUUCUCAUUCUAAUCAUGUCAAUCAAUACUGUAAUUAUGAAUGACAGCUAACCCGCGACACAGAGGAACAGCACAACAAUUAUGUACCAUCUACUAUCACUAUUUGGCCACAGUAGAACAGGGCUGCUAGCUUGCUACUCCAUUCCACCAUAACUCCGAGAGCAAAGGUAAUGAAUUGGGCUAGCUGUCAUCAGAGGAGGUAGGGGAAGAGGAGGAGGAGGAGGAGGAGGAGGGGGGUAGGGGUGAGGGGGAGGAGGAGGAGGAUGAGGAGGGAGGAUAG